AUGUCGCAACAAUACUCGUACGGCGGCGGAGGCGGGGCUGGCUAUCCACCUCCCCAAAUGCAGCCGCCUAACUCGUAUGCACAAGCUAACUACCAAGGUCAGCCGCAAGGCGCUCAGAACCAGUACUAUAAUGGUCAGCAACCACACCACAAUGCGCCACAACAGUACUAUGGCAACGACUACAAGCAACCCCUCAAACCAGAGGGCUUUGAAGGCGAGCGUCUCCAGCCCAAACCCAAGUUCAGGGAUCCCAUCUUCCUCGUUCUCUUCUUGCUCGUCUUUGCUGGCUUUAUCGCGCUCUCGGUCAUCUGUCUCCGCAGCUACUCUAAUGCCGACGUCAACGUCUCCAUUGGUCGUGCCAAUGUCGCCGGCAGUACACUCAACGGCCAUACCGCUAUCAUGUUUAUGAUCUGCUGUGCCGUUGCGCUCGUCUUGUCUUUCGUCUACAUCUUGCUCGUACGAACUUUCCCCAAAAUCAUCCUCGAAGCAACGCUACUCUUGACCACGCUCUCCAACGUCGCUUUCUGCGUCUACCUCUGGGUUCGAGGCAACACGGCUGCCGCCAUUAUCUUCACCAUCUUUGCCGUGCUGAGCGUGAUCGCCUACUUUUUCAUGCGCAAACGAAUCCCGCUCGCAAAGCUCAUCCUCGUCACCGUCAUCCGCACCGCCGAGCAGUACAAGAGCGUUUAUGUCGUCGCUCUUGGUGGGCUGAUUGUUGAGACCGCUUUCAGUGCUUGGACUAGUUGGGUCGUCGUUGCUGCUUAUCAGCGUUUUGAACCCUCGGGCCAAGCUGCCGGUAGCAGCUCGAGCAACGCGUCGAUCAUCGGCAUCAUGGUCUUUAUCGUUUUCGCUUACUACUGGAUCUCGGAAGUCAUCAAAAACAUCGCCUUCACCACCGUCGCCGGCAUCUUUGGUGUCGCCUACUACAACGCCAACAAAGUCGCCAACGCCGCCUGGGGCGCUUUCCGUCGAUCAAUGACCUACAGCCUCGGCUCGAUCUGCUUCGGUUCGCUCAUCGUCGCCAUCCUUGACCUCUUGCGCGCGCUCUUCAACAUCCUCCAAAGCCAGGCUGCUUCCGACGGAGACAUGACCGGUCAGAUCCUUGCCUGCGUCGCCGGUUGCUGCGUCAGCUGUAUCCAGGGGCUCGUCGACUACUUCAACCGCUACGCCUACAUCAACAUCGCCCUCUACGGAAACGGCUACAUCACCGCAGCCAAGGAAACAUGGGCCCUGCUCAAAGACCGCGGUAUCGACGCGAUCAUCAACGAUUCGCUUGUCAACAUCGUCUUCAACUGCGGUGCUUUCAUCAUCGGCCUGCUGACCGCUCUGUUUGCGUUUAUCUAUGAGCAAUUGACCAAUCCGCGGUAUCUACAGAACGAUGCGGGCUACUAUUCAAUCGUCUUGCUUGUCGCUUUCGGCUUGGGCUUCAACAUUGCGCUCAGCGUCGGUGCUGGAAGUAUCGCGAGCGGUGUCAGCACCUACUUUGUCGCUUUGGCCGAGGACCCUUACAUUCUGCAGGGCAAGAAUCCGGAGCUCUUUGAGAUGAUCCGUCAGCAAUACCCCCAAGUCGUACAGGGCGUCAACCACUAG